AUGGCAACCCCAUUAGUCGCGGAAAUGGAACCGGCGGCAGCCGAAUCUGUCUACUUCAACGAGUACCCACCACCAAAGGCUCUGCCGAAACAUGAAGCGCUUGCUCGCGCAUUCAUUGAUCUCCACGUGGAGGCCAACCGCCGUGUAGUACUUGUCACAUCUGGCGGCACAACAGUACCACUAGAAGCGCAAACAGUGCGGUUUAUCGACAACUUCUCCGCCGGAACUCGUGGCGCCACAUCCGCCGAGUACUUCCUCGAGCAAGGCUACGCCGUGAUCUUCCUCCACCGGCAAUACAGUCUGCUCCCGUACUCCCGGCACUAUAGCCACUCAACGAACUGUUUCCUGGACUUCAUGGACGAGGCGCCGCCCUCGGCCGAUGGAUCCAAUCCAGGCGAUGGACCUAUCAUGGUCCGCGACGAGUAUCAGGACCAGAUGCGCAGCGUGCUACGGAAAUACCGCUACGCGAAACAGAACAACCGCCUUCUCUUGUUGCCGUUCACCACUGUUUCCGAGUACAUGUUCGAGCUCCGCUCUAUGGCUAAGAUCAUGCGGCCUAUCGGCCCUAAUGCGCUCUUCUACCUUGCUGCCGCCGUGAGUGAUUUCUUCAUUCCGCGCAGUAGAAUGGCGGAGCAUAAGAUUCAGUCAUCCGAACUGCCGGCACACAUGCAGGGCAGCGCAGUCGGGUCAAAUGAGAUCUACACGGGCGAGAACGAGGAAGAGCCCUCGAACCGCAAGAAGCUCGUUGUGAACCUCGACCCUGUUCCUAAGUUCCUGCAUCGCUUGGUAGAUGGCUGGGCGCCUGAGGGGAGCAUGGUUGUCUCGUUCAAGCUGGAGACGGAUCCUUCGCUGCUUGUUUACAAGGCGCGCACUGCGCUACAGCGCUACUCGCACCACUUGGUUAUUGGCAAUUUGCUAUCGACGCGCAAGUGGGAGGUCGUCUUUAUUACACCUGAGGAGCCACAAGAGCGCUGGAUUCGGGUUCCCAAGUCCAGGCGCAGUAAGAGUAUCUCUGGUGUUGAAGAUCAAGUUGGGUUAGCUGAGGCGAAGAAGGGCAACUCGGUGCCACUUGAGCAGUCUGAGGCUGAACAGAUUGCGGAUGCCAAUCGGGAUGGAAUUGAGAUUGAAAGCAUUAUCAUUCCAGAGUUGGUUAAGCUGCAUACUAAGAUGAUUGAGAAAAAGAUUCAACCGAAGCAGUGA